UCCUUAAUUACUUUUCCCACUUUCUUUAUAUUUCCCAAAACCCUCUAUCUCUCAAUCAAUUCACCUCGUUUCAGCCUCUCUCACUCUUCAUCUUCUCUUCUCAGCCAUUUUCACCAUGGCUGGGAAGCGUAAAACUAGCUCAAAAACCACCACAUCCGGCAAUGCUGUUACCGUUGAUUCUGUUUCCGGUGACACUGUCACCGUUACCGCUGACUCAUCUUCCGGCAACACUGUUCGUAAAUCUAGGAGAUUGACAAAGUCAUCCUCCUCAUCUGCUGACGCUGUGAAUGUUGCUGCUGAUUCAGCCACCGGUGAGACACGGAGUAGAUCUAGGAAAACAACGAAAUCAUCUAACUCUAACUCUUCCGGUGAUGGUACUAGUGUCUCCGCUGAUUUAACAUCCGGUAAAGCCCAGAAGAAGUCUGGGAAGAAGACAGAUCUGGAUAAGGGUAAAUCUGUUGUAGCUUCUUCUGGUGUUAAGAAGGAGCCAAAGACUGAAUCCGAUCCGAUGAAUGUUGACGGUGGUGAUAAUGAAGUUUCCAGCUCCAAAUUUCUAGGGGAUCCAAUUCCAAUAGAGGCAGCUAAACUGCGCUGGCCGAAGCGGUAUCAGGAGAAGGAAAAGAAGAAAUCUCGUUCAAGAUCAAAUAGUGAUGAAGAGGAAGUUAUUCUAGCUAGAUGUCACUAUACAGAGGCACAGGUCGAUGAGGGUGUGAUAUACAAACUUUACGAUGAUGCAUAUGUGCAAGGGGAGACGGAUGAUUACCAUUUUAUUUGUAAAAUAGUUGAGAUGUUUGAAGCAGUUGAUGGAGGAUUGUUUUUCACAGCGCAAUGGUACUAUAGGGCUAAUGACACAGUCAUCAAACAACUAGGAAAUCUCAUUGAGCCAAAAAGAGUAUUUUUCUCUGAAAUCCAGGAUGACAAUCCGUUGGAUUGUCUUGUUAAGAAGUUAACCAUUCUUAGAUUAGAGCUCAAGAAGGAUUUUGAUGCAACAAAGGAUAUUAUUCCACCUUGCGAUUAUUACUGCGACACAUUGUAUCUUUUACCAUACUCCACAUUUCUUAAACUACCUUCAGAAACUACAGAAAAUGGUAGUGAAAUUUCAUCAACAAUUUCAAAUGAAACUGAAGGGAAUGGAAAAGCUGAGGUUGAUUCUAAAUGUUCAAACACUGAUAUUUGUGUUGAAAAGAAAAAGCCACAGAUGAAGUUGCUAGAUUUGUACUCUGGUUGCGGAGGAAUGUCCACUGGAUUAUGUCAAGGCGGGAUUUUGUCUGGUUCGGAUAUUAUCACCAAAUGGGCUGUGGACCUUAACCAAGAUGCUUGUCAGAGCCUUAAACUCAACCAUCCAGAAACUGAGGUUCGAAAUGUCAGUGCAGAACUUUUCCUCUUCUUGUUGAAGGAAUGGGAGAAGCUUUGCAGUUAUUUCUCUUUAAUUGAAAAUUCUGUGCCACAUGAGGAAUACGCAAAUCUUUUUAACAAGGAAGAUGAAGAGGAGGAAGAAAAUGACGGCGCUGUUGAAGAGAAUAUUGACGGAGAAAUAUUUGAAGUUUCUGAAGUGCAUGAUGUACGUUAUGAUGAUAAGGAAACUGGACCUGGAUUAUACUUUAAGGUUUCUUGGAAGGGCUACAAUUCUGAUAAAGACACUUGGGAGCCCAUUACUGGUUUGAGUAAUUGCAAGGAAAGGAUUAAGGACUUUGUCACUCGCGGCUUCAAGUCAAGCCUCUUACCAUUGCCGGGACAUGUGGAUGUAGUAUGUGGCGGACCUCCUUGUCAGGGAGUAAGCGGCUUCAACCGCUUCAGGAACUAUGAUAAUCCUUUGGAGGAUGAAAAGAACAAGCAAUUAGUAGUGUAUAUGGAUAUUGUUCAGUACCUUCGGCCUAGAUUCUCAUUAAUGGAAAAUGUAGUCGAUCUUCUUAGAUUUUCAGAAGGCUUUCUAGGAAGGUAUGCAUUGGGCCGUCUUGUUAAAAUGAAUUAUCAAAGUCGGUUGGGAAUUCUAGCUGCUGGCGCGUAUGGGCUACCUCAAUUUCGCCUUCGUGUCUUUUUAUGGGGGGCCGCACCUAAAGAGAAUUUGCCUCAAUUUCCUCUUCCAACUCAUGAUGUUAUAGAAAGAGGUUCUGUACCUGUGGAGUUUGAGGGUUGUUUAGUGGCCUAUAGCGAAGGACAUAGGGCCCAGCUGCAAAACAAACUUGUAUUAAACGAUGCCAUUUCAGAUCUGCCUCCAAUUGAGAACGAUGAAAACCGGGAUGACAUGGAAUAUGGCGGACCUCCGUUGACCGAGUUCCAAAAGUUUAUUAGAUUAAGCCAAAAUGAAAUGUUGGGUGGUUCAAUUAAGAAGAAAUCUCCAAAGUCCCUGCUUCAUGAUCACCGCUCUUAUGAAAUGAACGUUGAUGAUUAUCAACGCGCAUGUCGAAUCCCGAAAAGGAAGGGAGCAUGCUUUAGAGAUUUACCGUGUGUUCGUAUGCGGAACAAAAAAGUUGAAUUGAAUCCUGAUGUGGAGCGUGAACUUUUGCCUUCUGGAAAACCCCUGGUUCCCAACUAUGCAAUUUCUUUUGUGCGUGGAACUUCACCACUGCCUUUUGCUCGGAUAUGGUGGGACGAGACUGUUCCUACUGUUGUCACUCGACCAGAACCCCAUAAUCAAAAAAUUCUACAUCCAGAGCAAGAUAGAGUGCUAUCCGUCCGUGAAAAUGCUAGAUUACAAGGUUUUCCAGACUUUUAUAAGCUUUGUGGAUCUGUUAAAGAAAGGUACAUUCAAGUUGGGAAUGCUGUUGCGGUUCCAGUUGGCAGAGCUCUAGGAUAUUGUCUUGGACUUGCAUCUCAGGGUGCUUCUACUGACGGGCCUUUGUACACGCUACCUGAUCAUUUUCCAAGGAAAAAAGCUUCCAUUGCGGCAUCUGAUGAAGAAGUUGUGCAUACUGCACCUUGAGUUUGUGGUCGGAUGAUUGUACUUCAUCACUCUUAAUAGAGUGAUUUGAGUGAAUGUGAGCAUCAUUAUUUUGCAACACAACUAUUCACAACAUUUUUUUGUAACACUAUUUUGUUUAGUGUUAACUUUGAAGAUUUUAAACCAUAUGAUAUUUAUCUGGAAGUUAUCUUAAUGAAUUUUGUUAUCUGAAUAUUCGUUUAGUUAGAUGAA